CUGCUUUUUAACAAACAUAUUUGUGUUAGUUCAGUGGACGUUCAUGUGUUCAUUAUUAUUUUUGUUCAAGUAGAACGAGUAGCCUUAUCGUAAACGUUGUUAGCGAGGGAAAUCCAGCCCACAUAUUUAUUGCAGCCGCUGAAAAAAAUCUCUUCAAUAUCCCCAAGAUGGCCGCCGAUGUGGGAUCGAUGUUUCAAUAUUGGAAGAAAUUUAAUCUACGGCGGCUUCAGAGGGAGCUAAACUCAAUAGCGUCUGAGCUGGCGGGGCGACAGGAAGAGAGCGAGCACUCCCACAAGCACCUGGUGGAGCUGAGCCGGGAGUUCAAGAGAAAUGUUCCGGAGGAAGUCCGGGAGAUGGUGGCUCCUGUCCUCAAGUCUUUCCAAGCUCAGGUGGUCGCUCUGAACAAGCGCAGUAAGGAGGCAGAGUCGGCAUUCCUGGGAAUCUACAAGCAGCUUAUCGAAGCCCCUGACCCAGUUCCCGUUCUUGAGGCCACACACACCCUGGAGGAGAGGCUGCAGCAGCUGCAGAGUUCGGCCCCAAACAGCGAGGCCCUGGUCAGGGAGAUCAGCGGGCACUGGAAGAGACACCUGGAGUGCCUUGACAAGCCAGGAGACACAGAGGAGGACCCAGCAGCAGCAGAGUCAGAACCUGGGGAGGCAUCGAGCUGGACAGCUGGUGUGAUGACUCCAAACAGCAAACAGGCCCUCAGAGUCACAGGCUCACCUCAGCAGAACCACCAGGGCCAGAACCAGACAGAAGGGGAAGCCGAAGACACAGAUGCCACUCUGGCCGACAGACUGGGUGAGGCCGAGGAGAGGAUCAAAGUGCUGCAUUCAUCUCUGAGCACAGCCCAGACUGAUCUUCUGGACCUGCGGUGUAAAUACGACCAGGAGAAGGCCAACAAGGCAGAGGAGGUCGGUGUGAUCAUGAUGAAUCUUGAGAAGGCAAACCAGAAAGCAGAAAUGGCCCAGAGGGAGGUGGAGAGGCUAAAGGAACAACUGGCCAGUCCUCGGAGCGCCACCCCAGGGAGCUGCCAUCCACCAGAGGGCACUAGUGGGGAGAGGGGUGAUGUGUUGCCAUCCAAGCUGGAGGCUAAGCUGAUGGCUAAAGACCGAGAGAUCCUCAGGCUACUGGAAAACGUACAGAGACUACAGUUCGCACUACAGGAAGUCCAAAACAUCUCAGCCAAUCAGAUCAUUGAGCUGGAAAGUCAGCUGACCUAUAAGACAGAAGCUAUUGAGAGAUUAGAAGCUAAACUGCAAUCCCAGUUGGACUAUGAAGAGAUUAAAACAGAACUCCGUAUCUUGAAGGUAAUGAAGCUGGCCUCAACGAAUGGUAGCUCGUCCCAGGACACUGCAGAGGCUUUUUUGCGGGACAAAGAGGCCUUUCUUCCCUCUCCCAAGUACCUGAUGGAUAAGGCCAGAAUCUUACACAACAAUGAUGAGGACCGAUCGGAGGAGUCAGGCAGGGAGUCAGACAGGGAGUGGGGCAGGCCCUCAGGGUCCUUCUCCUCAGUCUCCCAAGUGGAUGAGCGUACCUCUGCCAGCCCUGGACCCCCCACAAUGGACGUCUCCUCCUCUAGCCACGACCUCCCCCGCCCCUUCUCUGUGUCCCCCUGCUCAAGGGACAGGCUGUCUGCGGACCACGUCGUCCACAAGCAGCUCCUCUCCUCCCCACUCUUUAAGAAGGAAUCCGGCAGCCCCCUCAUGGCCUUUCCCACCGCCCUGUAUGCAGCCAAAGUCACCCUAAUGUCAGCCAAUCAGGGACCUGCAGGGGCCGGCGGCAUCGAGGCCGGCCUGCCCAGUGACCAAUCGGAAAGCGGGAGCUCCACUGCGGGUGAUGACGACCAGUUAGAGACAGCAGAGAUUGCCUUCCAGGUCAAAGAGCAGCUGCUGAAGCACAACAUUGGCCAGCGUGUGUUUGGUCACUAUGUGCUGGGCCUAUCACAGGGCUCGGUCAGUGAGAUACUGGCCCGACCCAAGCCCUGGAGGAAGCUGACAGUGAAAGGCAAGGAGCCCUUCAUCAAGAUGAAACAGUUCCUGUCUGACGAUCAGAACAUCUUGGCCCUCAGGACCAUCCAGGUCCGACAGAGAGGGAGCAUCACUCCUCGCAUCCGAACUCCUGAAACUGGGUCAGACGACGCCAUCAAAAAUAUCUUGGAGCAGGCCAAGAAGGAGAUCCAGUCCCAGAGAGGAGGUGUGUCUGGAACAGGUUAUGCAUCUACUCUUUAUUCAACUGUGCUAGGUGACAUUAAGUCGUCCCUGGGCAGCCCCUCCGGCUUGAGCAGUAAUGGGGCAGGCGGCAGCUCAGACGACACCAUCAAGAACAUCCUGGAGCAGGCCAGGAGGGAGAUGCAGGCGCAGCAGCAGGCCCUGAUGGAGAUGGAUGUCUGUGGCAGGGCCUCUGCCACCAGCGCUGGGCCCCAGGUGGAGCGCCUGGGGCUCCCUGAGCCUUCCAAGGUCCUGCCUUUACCCACCUUCAUCAAACAGGAGGAGGGGGGCACUGUGACCGUGUGCAUGGCCAACCCCAUCAGCAGCCCCCAGACCCCCCACAGUGUCCUCUCCCCCGCCGCCUUUGUCCAGAACAUCAUCCGUAAAGUCAAGUCGGAGAUCGGUGAGGCGGGGACUUACUUCGACCAGCACUGGUCUGUGGAGCGGGGGCCCAUAGGCAUGGUAGGUGGCGUAGGGGGCGGCAGCUCUCGGCCCUUCACCUCAGUGUCUCCCUCCCUGUCUUCCUCCUCGUCUUCGGGCCCCUCGGCCCUGCCCCGGCCCUGGCCCCGGCUGGAGAACGGAGAGUGUCUGCCCAACAGUGAGGAGGCAUCUGCAGCCGAGGAGGACACUGGCUCGGGGAUGGUACGGUCUGUGGAAGUAAAAGUGGAGUCGGACGUGUCAGUGAGUGGGGAGUCACCCGGCCCUGGUCGUGGCCUGUCCUAUUACCCAUCAUACCUCCCCCGCACCCUGAAGCCCACCGUGCCGCCGCUGACGCCGGAGCAGUAUGAGAUGUACAUGUACCAUGAGGUGGACACCAUCGAACUCACCCGGCAGGUCAAAGAGAAGCUGGCUAAGAACGGCAUCUGUCAGAGGAUCUUUGGUGAAAAGGUGCUGGGUCUGUCUCAGGGCAGUGUGAGUGACAUGCUGUCUCGGCCCAAACCCUGGAGCAAGCUGACCCAGAAAGGCAGGGAACCCUUCAUCCGCAUGCAGCUGUGGCUGCUGGACCAGCUGGGCCAAGCACUCACCCAGCUUCCCAGCCAAAGCCUCUCUCGAGAUAAAAGCCCAGUGACGGCCCAGUCGUCGCCCUCCCCACCCCCCAGCCCAGAGGAGAGCCACCCCAGCCCAUUGGUGGAGCCCGUCAGCCAUACCCUGGAGAGCAGCAAAGAGAACCAGCAGCCUGAUGGCCUGGGCCUAAUGCCCCCCCACCCAGAAGGAGGGAAAUCCACCCCCAGUCUGCUGUCCCUCCACCAGCCCCACACCCCCCUGGGCAUCCAGGAGCUGGUGGCAAUGUCCCCAGAGCUGGACACAUACGCCAUCACCAAGAAGGUCAAGGAGGUGCUAACAGACAACAACCUAGGCCAGCGGCUGUUUGGGGAGAGUAUACUGGGCCUCACCCAGGGCUCAGUGUCAGACCUGCUCUCCAGGCCCAAGCCCUGGCACAAACUCAGCCUCAAAGGCAGGGAGCCUUUCGUCCGCAUGCAACUGUGGCUCAACGACCCACACAACGUGGACAAGCUGAGGGACAUGAAGAAGAUGGAGAAGAAAGCCUACCUGAAGAGGCGGUAUGGGCUGCUGAGUACCGGCUCAGACAGUGACUCUCCCAGUGCCCGCUCUGAGUGUGUGAGCCCAGCUCUGGCCUCAAUAGACCUGUGUCCCUACAGUCAGGUGAAGAAGCCCAGGGUGGUGCUGGGGGCUGAGGAGAAGGAGGCUCUGAGGAAGGCCUACCUCCUGGAGCCAUACCCCUCCCAGCACACCAUUGAGAUGCUGGCCUGCCAGCUCAACCUCAAAACCAAUACCGUCAUCAACUGGUUCCACAACUACAGCAGGUCCAGGAUGCGACGGGAGGUCCUCAUGGAGGGUCUCCAGGACAACGACACAGACACAGAACACCACAGCUACUCUCCCUCGGCCAUACAGAGCCCCAUCUCAGAUGGAGAUGAGAGGAGGCUGCUGCACCCCGCUGGAUGCACCCCCCACCCCAUCCGCCCCCUCAGCGCCAACACACCACUGCCUCAUGUCAAACAGGAGGCCAGUGAGCGGGAGGACGAGGGAGAGGAGGAGGAGAGGAACGGCUACAUCAAACAGCCUAAGAUCCAGUGUUUCUCUAUGGGUGUCCAGUUCCCUCAGUUGAAAACGGAGCAUGAGGACCUGAUGGGUGGCUGCCGAGAGCUCCACCUGGCUCCACACUAUCCUCAGAGCAUAAGGCAGGAAGAGGGUAUGAGCAGCCAGGCUCAGGGGCUCUUCCAGGAGGCGCUCUCCCUCGAUGGUCCCCAGAGAACCAGCCAUUCCAGGCACGAGGUUGACGACUCCAGCAAGUCUCCCGUGGACCCGGUCAGAUUCAAGGCCUCGUCUGAGCCCUCCCGCAGCAGCCUGGAGGUCUCUCUCAACUCCCCCUCCGCUGCCUCCUCGCCCGGCCUCAUGAUGUCCGUCUCCCCUGUCUCAUCUUCCUCUGCACCCAUCUCCCCAUCCCUGCCCAACCCACCCACGACAAGCACCAACCACAGCCUGGACCCUAACCCCAUGCCUCCCAUCCAGAGCCCCAAGCCCAACAGGAGCGUUCAGAGACGUACCGAGAAAAUUGCCAACCUCAACAACAUCAUCCACAGGCUGGAGAGAGCGGCUAACCGAGAGGAGACCCUGGAGUGGGAGUUUUAGGCCCCUCCCUUCCUCCACAUUUCCUCAGUCCUGCUGAUUCACACCAGACAUGGGAGACUCUCAAAGAGAAGCUUCAGGAACACAUGAAGUGGAGCCUGGCUCCUGAAGGCCUGUCCUCCCUGUCCUCCCAUACUGAAUAAAUACCCUGUAGGACACCAGGGGAAACCAGAGCUAAACUUACAGACAAAUUCCCUUAGAGGGCUUUUAGAAAAUAAAAAAUAUUUAUAAAUGUGUUUUAGUUUUUUUGAUAAUGGAUACUACUUUGAAAUAUAUGUAACAGCACUAGCUGUUGUUUUACCUAAUGGACUCUGACGUGAAGACUUUUGCAGCUAUGGUGUCAUGAAAUGUACACUGAAGUUGUGUAGAUUGCCACUGGGUGAGAUUAAAAAAGACUCUGUCUUAAGCCAUCAAAAGCACUAUAAUUAUAUAAAAAGAGACAAUGACCAAAUUUGCUAAUUUUUUAAUAGCAAUUUUUCCGAUUUUGUCUGUAAAACGGGACAGUUUAAGUCAAGUAACGUGAAAUUGUACUACUGACUAAGGGAUAGUCCUUUAAGACUCUAAAUAUUCAACAUCUCCUAUGUACUUAGUUUCUUGGUGAUAUGUUUUGAAACAUAAAGUGUGGUUGUACAUGUUGUAGAAUUGUCUGCAAUAGCCUUCUGAACCAGAUGUAUCAUGGUAUUCAACUGACCCUGUUAUCUUCUAUAGUUAGUCACCUGUGAUAUACUGGAGCAAACAUUUGUGAAAAGAAAUCUGAAAAAUAAGAAAAAAAGGAAAUGUAAAUUCUAAUGAGUAGAAUCUUUUUUUGUCGUUAUAUAAUCCUGGAGGUUUACAGUUUUGAACCCUUGUGCACUUGUCAGUAAGUGAAACUCACUACACAUGAGCACAGUUUACAUGAUUUAUUUCAGACUUACCUCUAUGAUCCUUUAACCUCUAUGAUCCUCCGACCGUUUGAAUAAAUUGAUUAAGAUAUGUUUGAAUUAUGUCUCAGACAGCAAUGGAACCUGAGAAUCUAUUAGUGAGGAGUCACAGGCAAAUAUUGACAUUAUUUAAUACCACAUUGAGAACGCCUGCUCUUGGAUAACAAAAGACUUCAUCCUCCUUUUCUCGCUUGAUCCAUUGUCCUUCUGUCCUCUCACGGGCUCUCAUGCUGUUCCUCCUGCAGUCGUGUUUAUUGUGCCCUUCCAGAGAGGUAACGCAUUACUCCCUCAGUUGAAAUACACUACAUAACCAAAAGUAUGUGGACACCUGCUCAUAGAACAUCUCUUUCCAAAAUCAUGUGCAUUAAUAUGGAGUUGGUCCCCCUUUGCUGCUAUAACAGCAUCCACUCUUCUGGGAAGGCUUUUCACUAGAUGUUGGAACAUUGCUGCGGGGACUUGCUUCCCAUUCAGCUAAAAGAGCAUGAGGUCGGGCACUGAUGUUGGGCGAUUAGGCCUGGCUCGCAGUCAGCGUUCCAAUUUAUCCCAAAGGUGUUCAAUGAGGUGGAGGUCAGAGCUCUGUGCAGGCCAGUCAAGUUCUUCCACACCAAUCUCGACAAACCAUUUCUGUAUGGACCUCGCUCUAUGCACAGGGGCAUUGUCAUGCUGAAACAGGAAAGGGCCUUCCCCAAACUGUUGCCACAAAGUUGGAAGCACACAAUUGUCUAGAAUGUCGUUGUAUGCUGUAGCGUUAAGAUUUCCGGGCCUAGCCAGAACUAUGAAAACAGCCCCAGACCAUUAUUCCUCCUCCACCAAACUUUACAGUGGGCACUAUGCAUUCGGGUAUGUAGCAUUCUCCUGGCAUCCGCCAAACCUAGAUUCGUCCGUCGGACUGCCAGAUGGUGAAGUGUGGUUCAUCACUCCAGAGAAUGUGUUUCCACUGCUCCAGAGUCCAAUGGUGGCAAGCUUUUGAACUCUCCAGCCAACACUUGGCAUUGCAAAUGGUGAUCUUAGGCUUGUGUGCGGUUGCUCGGCCAUGGAAACCCAUUACAUGAAGCUCCCGACGAACAGUUCUUGUGCUGAUAUUGCUUCCAGAGGCAGUUUGGAACUCGGAAGUGAGUGUUGCAACCCGAAGACAGACAAUUUUAACAUGCUUCAGCACUCGCCGGUCCUGUUCUGUGAGCUUGUGUGACCUACCACUUCGCAGCGUUGUUGCUCCUAGACGUUUCCACUUCACAAUAACAGCACUUACAGUUGACCGAGGCAGCUCUAGCGGGGCAGAAAUUUGACAAACUGACCUGUUGGAAAGGUGGUAUCCUAUAACAGGUCCACAUUGAAAGUCACUGAGUUCUUCAGUAAAGCCAUUCUACUGCCAAUGUGUGUCUAUGGAGAUUGCAUGGUGGUGUGCUCAAUUUUAUAUGCCUGUCAUCAAUGGGUGUGGCUAAAAUAGCCAAAUCCACUAAUUUGAAGGGGAAUCCACAUACUUUUGUAAAUAUACUGUAUUGUAUCUGUGCACUUGUGAGUGCAAGGGAAAUUGACUGUUAGAUAAAUGAGUGCCCGAGAAUGUAAUGUUUACUUUAGCUCUGGUUUAGGCUUACUGUGUGCUACACCUAGCGUUUAGUUCAGUGGGCUAACACAGUCUUGAGUCAUUCAAACAUCUCUGGUUUGAUUCCUUUAUGAUAACAUACUGUAGAAAGACACAAUACCCUAUAGAGCACCAACAAGUUUCUCUCUUGUUCUACCUCUAUCUGACUGGAAUAAGAAUCUGUAAGCAUGGGUUAUUAUUUAUUAUUAUGGAUACAAGUCCUGAUGGAAAGAACAUGAUACAAUAUGACCUCAUCAAAAUUCUACUACGUUGAAUUCGGUUUGAAAGUACAUUCUAUGACACAAAAUCAAAAUCAAUUAUUUCAUAUUAUGCUUGCUGCUGGCCACUACUGUAUUGUGUCUGUAAUAUGAGUUUUGUCAUGCUUGCAGUUUGCUAAUAUCUUCUAUAUUUUGCUUCUGUUUGGUACUCUGAACGAUUUUAAUAGAUAUUCAAUACCUUGUGUAUGAACUACUUACAGCACUUAGAUAUUAAUAAUUGUGAGGACUCAUGAAAAGUUCCAAUAUCGAAAUGAUCCUAACUUUUAGUGUCCACAAGUCUUUGCCUUUACUGUAUUGUUCAAUUUGGUAGUAAACACUUGCACAUGUCUUACUAGUUCAGAGGAUUUGGAUUGUAUGUAUAGAUAUAUAAAUAUUACACAUUUACUGAAAAUGAUAUCAUAUGUUCUUGAACAAAAUGUGCUGACUAUAUUGAAAUGGAGUGUAUAGAUCUAUUAACCAAUCCCAUAUGAGCCAGUUCUGGUCUGGCAAGCUUGCCCAUGAUUUCGACCUUCUCUCAGGGUAGUCUUGCUUCUUAAAGCUUUACUGAACCAGUCACUCUCAUCACUGGUCAAUACAAUAAUGAAUUAAUAUAAUAUCAGAAGUAAACAGAAGACAGGACGGUUCUUCUGCCAUAUGUUAUAUGGGAUUAUGGAAGUUUUAACUAUGGGAAUGCACAUGGAAAACUAGUGGUUGGUUUUUGAGAACAAUGGCAGACUAUUUUGUAAUCCGUUGGUGACAAUGUUCAGAAGUAGGUCAUUUAAUCGAAUGGUUUUUGUGAAGCAAACGGGGAGAGGAAUAAUUAUAAUAUUGCUGACACCCUGACAGAAUUGACUCUUCCAUACUUGCUGAGCAGAUAAAGUAUAUGUGCUUGACAUUAUAUACCUCUAAGGAUGAAAUAGGGGAAUUUGGAAAUCCCAUAUUAAACUAUGACGAACUUUCCUUUGUUUUAACACCUAAUUUUCUGUCUCAGUGAUACUGUAUAUGGGAGUACUUAGAAGUAACUUUUCUUGUCCGAGAUAUCAUUGUCUUACAGAGAAAAAUGUACUACACUGAACAAAAAUAUAAACACAACAUGUAAAGUGUUGGUCCCAUGUUUCAUGAGCUGAAAUAAAAGAUCACAGAAAUGUUCCAUACGCACAAAAAGCUUAUUUCUCUCAAACGUUGUGCACAAAUCAUUUGUACAUCCCUAUUAGUGAGCAUCUCUCCUUUACCAAGAUAAUCCAUCCACCUGACAGGUGUGGCAUAUCAAGAAAAACUGAUUAAACAGCAUGAUCAUUACACAGGUGCACCUUGUGCUGGGGACAAUUAAAGUUCACUCUAAAAUGUGCGGUUUUGUCACACAACACAAUGCCAUAGAUGUCUCAAGUUUUGAGGGAGCUUUCAAUUGACAUGCUGACUGCAGGAAUGCCCACCAUAAGCCGCAUCCAACAUCGUUUUAGAGAAUUUGUCAGCACGUCCAACCGGCCUUACAACCGCAGACCACGUGUAUGGCGUCAUGUGGACGAGCGGUUUGCUGAUGUCAACGUUGUGAACAGAGUGCCCCAUGGUGGCGGUGGGGUUAUGGUAUGACCAGGCAUAAGCUACAGACAAUGAACACAAUGACAUUUAUUGAUGGCAAUUUUGAUGCACAUAUAUACCGUGAUGAGAUCCUGAGGCCCAUUUCUUUUAAGGUAUCUGUGACCAACAAAUGCAUAUCUGUAUUCCCAGUCAAGUGAAAUCCAUAGAUUAGGGCCUAAUGAAUUUAUUUAAAUUGACUGAUUUCCUCAUAUGAACUGUAACUCAGUAAAAUACUUGAAAUUGUUGCAUGUUGCGUUUAUAUUUCUGUCCAGUAUAAUAAAUGGAUGAAAAUUAA